AUGGCCGGCGACGACAGCGCCGUUACGGAACCGAAGACGGAACGACCUGAAGGUAGCGAGGAGAAGCCUCAAGAUAACAAGGGUACAAGCGAGCAGGCAGAGGAUCGCAGAGGACACCGCCAAAGCGAGAAUGAAGGGCGGCAGCACACUGAGCGCGGAUCCGCCCCGGCGCUGCCCCCGAGACCCCUUCCUCCUCCUCACCGGGAGGUUCGCAAGUCCCAAAUCCAGCAACACCCGCCUGCCAUUCCUUUUGCUCCACCUGUUCCUUAUUCUCCAUAUCCUCCGGUCCCAGUUCAGUUUGAGCGUCCAUUCAGUCCGCGCUGGCAUAAAACGAAACUUGCUCUGGGAAGCCUAUCCAUUGUAACUGCCGCAGUGAUAUUUGGCAUCGGCAUCACCCUUGGUUGGCACUUUGCUCGAUUUGCAUCCGGAGAAUCUUCCCGAGUGAACGUUGAAUUUGGCGUAUCUGGCACAGCUGCCGGUCUUGCCGCCCUCACCAUUGGGAUGGACUUCCUGAAAAUAGCGCUGUCCAAGCGCCGCCAGGGAAUGCAUCCCGCGGCUCUCGUCACGUUCCAUCUGAUCAUCUGGCUCGUGGCGAUCAUGGCUGUCGUGGCCACUUCCCUCUACAUGACAUACGGGAUCGACCUCGAUGACUACCGUUAUUACGACUCGUCCAGUCGUGAAUACGUGUAUAGAGCAUCGAUAACGCCGUCGCAGCUCGCCGUCUACGAGCAGGUCCUGCUUGCGUUUGAUUGCCUCCUGCUCCUUACUCACUUUGUCCUCUUCGUUGGAUUCUGCGUUGAGACGAACCACCUCGAAAAAGCAAGAAAGCAGGCCAAGCUGAGCGCGAUCUACCUCGGCGUCGGGGCGCCGGCCGGCGCUCCUUACCCCGGAAGCCCAUAUCCCCUUUACGGAAUGGCGCAACCGUUGGGCCCACAACUUGGCGCGCAAGGCGCACAGUAUCCGCCGACGAUGAUGCCUCAGAUGCCACCACAAAUGGCAAGGAUGUCGGGCUCUGUGCCUCCCCAACAAGGAGUCCUGUACGGAGGGUACUAUGCGCCCAUACCCCUAACGGCUGCCGGCGUGCCCCCUCGGCACCAAAGGCCAAAUUCCGUGGCGCCGCUAGAAUACUAUGCACCACCCGUGGCUCCCGCACCCCCAUCAACGGGCGUCGCCUCCCCUCAGCAACAACCCUCAGCUCCCGCGGCACCGAGAGAAUACUAUGCACGGCCCACGGCUCCGGCAGACGCGGGAAGAGGAAGAGUCGAUGCAUGA